CCACCACCACCACCACCACCACCAACAACCUCAUCACCAUCACGCUCCUUGCCUGUCCUCUACCUUCAAUUCACUUAGUACCCAGGCCGCGGUCCGGCUCACGGCGACAGUCUUCAUUCUCUUUGCUCCUGUUAUAUAAUACCUCCGUCUUCAUCGCCCUCCGCUUCCCCUUGCUGUUCACAAUGUCCUCCCAGCGCUAUCAAAAAGUAUCUGCGAACGAUACAGAGACUCUGAUAAGUCCUACGAUUCCAUCCUCGCCACCUCCGUCUUUCCGCUCACGAGCCUCCUCCCCGACUUCGAGACACACGGCCGUGGAUCAGAAUCUUGCCGAUACUUUCGAUGCAGAUGGGUCUGAUAGCGAUGAAGAUAACGAUGGUGAUGAUAGACAGAGAUUAAUGCGGGGAACGCCAACGUCUUCGUCUACCGAUCAUGUCGAUAAUCAACCUCCUACCAAUCCGAUCGGCGAAGACUCCAGACCAAUCGUCGAGAGAAGGCAGACGCAUAUUCCGGUCUUCACUACUCCUCCUCAUCCUCAGACAAAUGGAAGAGUUUAUGGCGGUGGAUCUGGAUCAGAUGGUGUGUUUGCGAACCUGAGUGCGAAGCCAGAGCGGGGUGAGAAAUUGGAGGAACAUCCGCCUACAUACGAACAGGCAGCAGCAGAUGCUGCCCCUCCAUACUGGGAAACCACAAUUCUCGCACCGGGAAUGGGCGGACCAGAUGAAGUCUACGUCGAUGGACUCCCCGUUGGCUCCGUCUUCUCCUUUAUCUGGAACGGCAUGAUUUCGAUGUCCUUCCAACUCGUUGGUUUCCUCCUCACCUACCUACUUCAUACCACACAUGCAGCUAAGAAUGGAUCUCGUGCUGGCCUUGGUAUCACUCUUGUUCAAUAUGGUUUCUACAUGAAAGGCUCAGGGGGCAUGAGUCCCCCAUCUAAUGGCCAAGACCCUACUUACCAGCAACCUCCAGACCCCAACAGUCACGAUUUCGACCCUAACGCAGUCAAUGGAAAUUCAGCGCAGGGGAUGGACUCAGGCUCUGGAGGUUGGGGCGAUAUUGGGACAAACGAUUGGCUGGCUUAUAUCCUCAUGAUUGUGGGAUGGUUCAUCUUGAUUCGGGCAGUCAGCGAUUUCCUCAGGGCGAGAAGACACGAGCAACUGGUUUUGCAGAGUCCAGAGCGGGGUCUGAAUGUGCCUGUAAUUGCUACCGGAGAGGAACCUGCCACCGUGGUCUGA